AAAUAGUGUAGUAUUGGUUAUUAGUAGUUGUUUUCUACAGUGUGUUUGUAUCACUUUGCGGACUGCAUUCUUAACUCCGAAUUCAAUCGAAUUAACGCAUCGUCAAAGGUCUAUUAGUUCGCCAGUUAUCUCUGUUCAUCAUAAUUAUUCCAUUGUCUUCCAUCAUCAUUUCGUUCGCGUGAAAGUAGGAAAUUUUUAACAAUUUUAAAUUUAUUAUAGAAGCUUGAAGUUUAAAUUUUUGAAAACUUUCAGAAAAAUGGACGUUGAAGACGUUUUAAGCGAUGUGGUCUCCAAGGAAGAUUUAAGGAAAUUUGAAAAACAAUAUCAUGAUCAACUCACUACAGGAACUGUUUCACAAGAAACAAAGUUUCAUUAUGCUUGGUGCUUAGUGAGAAGCAAUUAUCCAGCUGAUAUCAGAAAAGGGCUUAUAUUAUUGGAACAGUUGAUUAAACAUGAAGCUAAUGAUGAUGAAGCUAAAAGAAAUUACCUUUAUUACUUAGCAUUAGGAAAUUCAAGAAUUAAAGAAUAUAGUACAGCUUUACAAUUUAUUAAAGCAUUUUUACACAUGCAACCUGAAAAUAUGCAAGCACAAAAUUUAUUGGAAACCAUAAAAAAAAAAAUGGAAUCUGAUGCACACAAAGGAAUGGCAGUGGCUGGAGCUUUAGCAUUAGGUCUUAGUGCUGUUGUUGGUAUUGGGUUUGCUUUGGCAAAAGGCUUGAAAAAGUAAUUGUUUCAUUUAGUUAAAUCUAUUGAUUACCAUUUUAUUCCUGUAUAUAUUCCAAACUGUUAAAUUUAUCUAAACUUAAGAUUUAUUAUUGAUUUAUAGGCCAAAUAUAAUUUAGUAUAUAACAAUAUAUAUCAUGUGUAUGUAAAUACCUGCUUGCAUUACAUGAUUGUAUUUAGUGAACGCCUUUUAAUAAUAAUAACAAUAAUAUACAAAAAUA